AUGGCUUUCCAAGAUAAUGCCAUACUCGUUCUCACCUAUAUCUGCUAUACCCUUGCUCUAUGCUUUGUUAUUUUCGUCAGUUACCGACUGACACUACAUCCCUUGAGCGCUUACCCUGGCCCCAUUUCUGCUAAGCUGUCCGAUUUAUACAACCUUUAUCAUGCGGUAUUGAUGAGUGAACAUAUAGCCACCUGGCGAAAUCAUCAAUCAUAUGGUCCUGUUAUAAGGCAUGGCCCGAAUAAGUUGGUGUUUAACACCAUCGAAGCAUUGCAAGAUAUCUAUCACAAUGAAAAGGCUUCCAAAGCUAGCCUGUACUUGAACAUCAUGCAAGCUCCCAAUGUACACAGCGUCUUUACCGUGAUUGAUAAGCGGCAACAUCGUGUAAAGCGUCGAUUGAUCGGCCAGGCUCUCAAUGAGCGAGGUAUGCGACUAUUUGAACCUAUCAUUCUUGAGCAAAUCGACAUUUUUAUCCAGCAGCUAUCUCAAUCCUCUGCCGGCACUAAGCCUGUCAACAUGUCGCCCAUGUUGAGGUACUUGACAUUGGAUAUUAUAACCCUAUUAUCAUUUGGUUUCCCCUUGCGGACCCAAGAGAAAGAGGAAUACCGAUUCAUUUCAGAGGGUGUCGUGGCUGGGAACUAUUUCCAGAACAUGAAGCUACAGUGUCCCCUCUUGACACAACUCCAGAUAACCGAAGCUCUACAAUUUGUUGGGGGCAUACGUGAAAAGAGGGAGCCAUACAGAGCCAUGUUAAAGAAGUUAAUCGGUUCUCGCAUGGCCGAGAAUCAGGAUGCCAAGUUGGAUUUAUAUUCCAUGGUCGCAGACCAAAUCAACACAGGAGGGUCAGAAAAUAUUCAAACAAGCGAGUUGUGGGCAGAGGCCAUAUUCAUAUUUGCGGCGGGUGGAGACACAACUUCUUCUCUCAUCGCGGCUCUCUUCUUCUACCUAUCUCGCAACUCGGACUGUUAUAACAAGCUAGCCCAUGAGAUUCGAACCUCAUUCGAUUCCAGUAGUGAAAUUCGCAGCGGUCAAAAGUUAGCUAACUGCCAGUACCUACGAGCUUGCAUCGAUGAGGCCCUGCGUAUGUCACCGGCGGCCCCAGGCACCCCGUGGCGAGAGCAAGUAGACACAGAUGACGCGCCAUUCAUUGUGGAUGGCCAUGUCAUACCUCGUGGAACCAUUGUUGGAGUGAACGUUUACUCUAUCCUCCACAACGAGAAGUAUUUCCCUGAGCCCUUCGUCUACAAACCGGAAAGAUGGCUAUCCGAAGAAUCCGACGGGAAAAUGAAAAUAAUGUAUGAUGCAUUUAUUCCGUUCUCGGCAGGGUCUCGCAUCUGUGCAGGCAAGGCAAUGGCCUAUUUAGAAGCCAGCGUGACAAUCGCAAAAACGUUGUGGCACUUCGAUUUCGAAAAGGCCCCGGGUAAGAUUGGUGAGCUUGGAGCUGGAAGUAGAAAGGCCACCUAUGGCAGACACCGGGAGAGCGAAUUUCAGGUUUAUGAUGUUGUUUCUUCAACUCAUGAUGGGCCCAGCUUGAUCUUCCACUCAAGAGUUCAUUGA